CCCAAAAAAACACCUGAUCCUUCUCAUCUGCAGCUUACCUACACAUAAUAUUACUCCAGCCAUGUCGAGUCCAAUAUGUCCUAUGCCACUGGGCGAAAUCGUCAGGGAUAUGCUGGGGAAAGAGAAGGAGACGAAUGCGGUUAAGAAGCUUUAUGAUGAUGCUUUUAGAGCGGAUAUUGGAAGAUGGAUAGCUUCGUGUGCGGUUAUUGGGCUUUCGGCGGGGAUAAUAUCUAAACAUCCGGGACAUAAUUUACUUGCUGCAUCAGCAUACAAUCUUGCAGUGGGAGCUCUUCAUUUCUUUGCGUUUAAAAUACCAGUCAAGCCACAAAGUCUCAACAACCCACGGCCCCCAAUAUGGUACAUAUUGAUUUUGGCCCUUUCAACAGCAAUGUGGCUUGCAGCUCUUACUGUCAUGUUUGUUCUGCGGGAGGACAUCAACGUACAUGAAGAGUCAAACAUGAAGAAGAGGAGGACGGGCGUUGUUGGUGAUAUAUCUACCGGUGCAGUUGCCAUGCUUGACAAUCUUAGCAUUGCAUGUGGCUGUUUUGGCAUUUGUGCAUUUUUGUUUUGCGUAUAUCAGUGGUUUAUUGUUCAUUAUCUUUACUCGACAAGAUUCGAGAAGACUGAAAUGCGAGAGGGAUAUAGAAAGAUCAAGAAGAUCGAACCUCCCAAGGAUGGCCCAUCAGCAGCUGUUUAUAAUUGA